UGAGCUCUACUCCAUUGUCCUCUUGUGCUUGUAACCAAAGAUGGCGGCGGAACCCAUUCGCUUCGACGGACGCGUUGUUCUUGUCACCGGGGCUGGAAAUGGCCUCGGACGACAAUAUGCAUUGGCCUUUGCUGAGAGAGGGGCUUCAGUUGUUGUAAAUGACCUCGGGGGAGAUACCAAGGGCGAAGGGAAAAGUGGACGGGCAGCAGACAAAGUCGUCCAAGAAAUCAGAGCCAAAGGGGGCAAGGCUGUAGCUGACUACAACUCCGUUGAACAAGGAGAUCAAGUUGUAGAGACGGCUAUUAAAGCUUUUGGUAGGAUCGAUGUCGUCGUAAAUAAUGCUGGGAUUUUACGUGAUAAGUCAAUUUUGCGCAUGAGUGAGCUCGAUUGGGAUUUAGUCCAGAGGGUUCACUUAAAAGGGUCUUUUCUAGUCACACGCGCAGCAUGGCCUCAUAUGAAGAAGCAGAAAUUCGGACGGAUCAUUAUGACCACCUCGACGUCCGGUAUCUAUGGCAAUUUUGGUCAAGCAAACUACUCUGCUGCUAAGCUUGGCCUAGUAGGCUUGAGCAAUACACUGGCACAAGAAGGAGCAAAAUACAACAUCAAGUGUAAUGCCAUUGCCCCUGUUGCUGGUUCCAGACUCACAAAGACAGUCAUGUCGGAUGAAAUGAUAGAAGCUUUGAAACCAGAAUACAUUGCGCCACUUGUUUUGUACCUUUGCCAUGAAAGCUGUGAAGAGAAUGCAGGACUCUUUGAGACUGCUGUUGGCUGGUUUUCGCAAACACGGUGGCAGCGCACUAAGGGAAAGUUGCUACGUAAGGAAGUUGAGUUUGUUACCCCUGAGAUGGUGCGUGACAACUGGGAGGGGAUUACAGACUGGACAGAUGCAGAGAAUCCCACCGAGGCUAGCAAUGUGCUCCAGUUUGUAGAGGAUGUGAAGGAAGCCAGGCAGGAACAGGAAAAUGCUAGGAAUGCAUCCCCUGGAAAAAGCAUGACCCAGAAAAUGCCUGAUGCCAAGAAAUCAUACACUCAUAAUGAUGUAAUCCUGUAUGCUCUUGGUGUUGGCGUGUCAUUCCAGGAAGACUAUUCACACUUGAAGUUCUUGUAUGAGAAUCAUGAGGACUUUGCUGCAUUACCAACAUUUGGUAUCAUACUUGGACAGGGCAGUAUGAUGGGCAUAGCAGGAGGAGAAAUGGCAGGAAUCAAAUUUGACCCAGCUAAGCUUCUCCAUGGAGAACAAUACCUUGAAGUCUAUAAGCCACUCCCUACUUCAGGAAGUAUCACAAACAGGGCAGAGGUAGUUGAUGUCCUGGAUAAGGGCAAGGGGGCACUUGUUCUGCUUAACGUCACCACUUUAGAUGAACAGGAAGAGCCAAUUUGCUUCAAUCAGUUCUCUAUUUAUCUUGGAGGAGCAGGGGGAUUUGGAGGCAAGCGUAGCUCAGAUAAGGUCAAGCCUGUUGUUUCACCUCCAUCACGUACUCCAGACGCAAGUGUAAAAGAGAAAACAGGAUUAACGCAGGCCGCCUUGUAUAGGCUGAGUGGAGAUUACAACCCCUUGCAUGUUGAUCCAGCUUUUGCACAAAUGGGAGGCUUAUCCAAACCGAUCUUGCAUGGGCUCUGCUCUCUUGGGUACUCAGCCCGUCAUGUACUCAAACAGUAUGCCAACAACGAUGUCAGCAAAUUUAAGGCACUCAAGGUGCGCUUCUCCAAGCCUGUGGUCCCUGGACAGACAAUCCAGACAGACAUGUGGAAGGAAGGGAGCCGUGUGCAUUUCCAGAGCAAAGUAGUUGAGAAUGGAACUGUAGUGAUAUCUGGUGCCUAUGUGGACUUCACUGAGCUCACACCUAACAUCCCUAGUGUGACAGAUGUCCUUUUGCAGCCCUCAAGUUCAGGCCUUAAGAGUGAAGCUCUCUUUGCCGAGCUCAAGAAGAGGGUAUCAGAUCACCCAGACCUUGUCAAGAAAGUCAAAGGUAUAUUCCUCUGGCAUGUGAAAAAGGGUGGCAAGGUUGUCUCUUCCUGGACAGUUGACCUAAAAACACCAGGAGGGGCAGUGUUCACCGGCCCUCCCAAAGGGGGUAAACCUGACACGACGAUCACAUGUGAGGACGAAGACCUGAUCAGCAUGGCAACUGGCAAGGCUAACCCACAGCAGUUGUUUAUGAAGGGGAAGUUGAAGGUUGCAGGCAACAUCAUGUUGACCAUGAAGCUGAACCAGCUUUUCAAGGACUAUGCAAAAAUCUGAAGCAUUUAACCCUUAAUCAAGUGUAGUACAUCAGUGAACUUGAGUUCAAUUAUUGACUUCUGUGUUUUCCUCCCAGUCGUGUGUUGUUUGUUAUGAUAUACUGUAAACGUUCAUACUGAUCUUUCAGUCAGCGCUAGGUUCAUUGUGCAUGGUUCCUAUAGUUUUAAGUAAUCUACUAAAUGUGAUAAUAUAGUAAAUUUCAAAAUAUAUCAGAAUACCUGUAACUCAGACCCAAAGGGCAUCGAAAUCAAACCGAAAAACAGAAAUAAAGAUUGAUUGAUUCCA